CCAGGGAGUAGGAGCACAAGCUGUGACAAUAGCUCUUACCUCGUUUGACACCUGUGGCUCAUGAACACCUAUAGGCAGGUUCCGGCUCUGAAUGGAGAAGCAGAAGGAUGUUUAUACUAAUUCAGUGUGAGAAGAGUAAGAGGAGAAGAAGAUAGGGAAUCAACAGGCUUUCGCACAGACGUGGAUCGUGUGUGUGUCUCUCCUUUUUCUAUCUCGUAUUGGCACAGCCUGUUGUUUUUCCAUUCUGGAUCGACGGCAGCAGUGUGUGUGUGGGAGACCAGGGAGCCGCAGUGUCUGAAAACACCUAGACUCACCAUCACGCAGGACCAAAAGUCAACGUUUACCACAAUGGACUGGCUAACGGCUUAUACUUCCUUCCUGAAUGAAACACACUCACCUGGAAAGUGUCCGCGGCAUCUCACUCACUCUCUUCUUCUUCUCUUCUCCAUCUGUGUCUCCCUUCUGGACCUGCUAGCAUGUUUAGAAAGUGGUGUUGGGUUUCAGCGUUAUGCAAUUGGUCGGCUGGCAGGGGCGUCAACAGCUUCCGUAAUCAUGUCUGGUGAAGCGAGGCUUGGGUUUCUACGCCUGGACAAUGGACCUGGAGUGGGCCCAAUCAAUGACUGCUCUCUGUGAAAGCUUUCCUGUGGCCACAGAGGUUUCUGAUGAGUUGCAAUAGAGUUGAACUCUUCUGGGACUAAGUUAGGGGGAGGAGGGUGGUGAGUAGAGGAGAGGAGUAGAAGACCCAGCCUUCAGAUCAGAGCUCGGGGUGGAUCUCUCUCUCUCUCGCUCUUCCCUCCCUCUAUCUAUAUUUAAUGUAAGUGUGGAGGUUUAGACGGGGGAGUUUCAGAGUUGUUCUUCUGCUCCUAAGGAGGUGCUGUGAUUGAGUCCUGGUCAUUUGACUGCUCUUUACUGGAGGUCCACUUUACAACCAAGAAGCAAGGGAGAGGGAAGGAAAGAGAGCGAGAGGAAGAAUUACAGAGAGCUCCCUGCUCUGUAUCCAAGACUUGUCAGGUAAUCAAGCCUAUUUCCUGACUUUUCGACCGGCCUACUCUCUUGUGCCGUCAUUCUUGAACGGGAAGAAAAUAAGGGAGAGGAGGGCCUCAUUGAUCCAGAGACUCUAUUUCUGGGGAGUUGUUGGUGGUGCGAUCUGUCUUUUUCGGUCCUAACUGCCUUCCCAGCUAUUGACAAUGUGGCGUCUGGUGUGUCCCCCUGGUUAGGGAAAGAAAGAUGCCGACGGGGCUCUUUGUCUGUCUGUAGGUUGCGAACUAAUGGAUUCCCCUUUGGACUUUUACUCUCUCUUACUGCUCAAUAGGAUGCAUUGAGUAAUCUUAUCCUUGCCUUCACUUCCCCCCCCCACCUCCUCCUCCUCCUCUUGUUCUUUCUCUCCUCUCCUCUGUGGCUGCCGGUUCAAUCGCUCCAUAGGCCAGCUGUUCUCUUGUUCCUGGCCCUGAGUGAAGAGAAGAAAAGAGGGGAUUGUUAUUCCUCUUCUUCCUUCCCUCCUCUCUCCUCUCUCUCGCUCCAAAGAUGAAUUUCAUCUUCGGUAACAACACUCAGUUCCCGCGGGGUGGGCGAAGCGGUGGGGGCGGGAGCCAGGGAGGGCCCAAGAAACAGAAGCAGGGGCCCAAGAGAUGCUCCUCAGAAGAACUGCACUCGGGACAUAAUACGGGCUCACCUUCCUCCUCCUCCUUUCCCUCAUCUCGCUGGCAGCAGCUCAUCACCUUCAUCUCAAAGAGAAACGCCUUCAGUGAAUGCAUCACGGCUGGAGGCACACAGGCAAACCCACCUCCAGUGGUUGUCAACACAGACAGUUUGGACACGCCCCCAUACGUGAAUGGAACAGAAGCAGAUUAUGAGUAUGAGGAGAUCACUCUGGAACGGGGUAACUCGGGGUUGGGCUUCAGUAUUGCAGGGGGGACAGAUAACCCCCACAUUGGAGAAGACCCCAGUAUCUUCAUCACCAAGAUCAUCCCUGGAGGAGCUGCAGCUCAGGACGGAGGCCUCAGAGUGAAUGACUGCAUCUUGAGAGUAAACGAGGCAGACGUGAGGGAUGUGACCCACAGUAAGGCGGUGGAGGCCCUAAAAGUGGCCGGCUGCAUCGUCAGGCUCUACGUCCGCAGGAGAAAAGCCCUCUCAGAGAAGAUGAUGGAGCUCAAACUAGUCAAAGGUCCUAAAGGGCUAGGGUUCAGUAUUGCGGGGGGAGUGAGGAACCAGCACAUUCCAGGCGACAACAGCAUCUUUGUCACCAAGAUCAUUGAGGGAGGGGCUGCACACAAAGACGGGAGGUUGCAAAUAGGAGACAAACUAUUGGCUGUAAACAGCGCUUGUCUCGAGGAGGUGAGUCACGAGGAUGCCGUGGAGGCCUUGAAAAACACGCCCGAUGUGGUUUACUUGAAAGUGGCGAAGCCCACCAGUGUCUUCAUGAACGACAGCUUCGCUCCGUCCGACAUCACCAACUCAUAUUCCCCGCACAAGGACAACCAUAUCAGCCCGUCCAACUACCUUAGCCAGCCCCAUACCCCCGCCACGCCCAGACGCUACUCACCCAUCCCCAAGAGCAUAUUGGGAGACGACGAGGUCACAAGGGAGCGCAGGAAGGUGGUGUUACACCGUGGCUCGACAGGCCUGGGUUUUAACAUAGUAGGAGGAGAGGAUGGAGAGGGAAUCUUUAUUUCCUUUAUCCUGGCUGGUGGACCUGCUGACCUCUGUGGAGAGCUCCGGAAAGGAGACCGCAUCAUCUCAGUGAACGGGGUUGAGCUCCACAGUGCAACCCAUGAGCAGGCAGCUGCUGCUCUGAAGAACGCUGGACAGACGGUCAACAUCGUAGCCCAGUACAGGCCAGAGGAAUACAGUCAGUUUGAAGCCAAAAUCCAUGAUCUUCGGGAGCAGAUGAUGAACAGUAGAAUCAGCUCAGGCUCUGGCUCGCUACGGACCAGCCAGAAAAGAACGCUCUACGUCAGGGCUCUGUUUGACUAUAACGGGACAAAGGACUCUGGGCUGCCCAGCCAGGGGCUUAACUUCCACUUUGGAGACAUACUUCACGUGGUGAACACCUCCGAUGACGAGUGGUGGCAGGCGAGGCACAUGACCCACAAAGAAGAGGUAGAUGAGGUCGGAGUCAUCCCCAGCAGGAGGAGGGUAGACAGAGCGCGGUUAAAGACUGUCAAAUUCAAUGCCAGGUCUCAAGACAAAGGGGUCCCUGACGACAAAGCACUGAGUGGCCAGGAGGAGUACGUCCUGUCCUACGAGCAAGUCACACAGCAGGAAGUGAACUACACACGGCCCGUCAUCAUCCUGGGGCCAAUGAAGGACCGUAUCAACGAUGACCUCAUCUCAGAGUUCCCUGACAAAUUUGGGUCCUGUGUCCCACACACAACCAGACUAAAACGGGAUUACGAGGUUGAUGCCAGAGACUACUAUUUUGUGGUGUCCAGGGAGCAGAUGGAGAAAGACAUCCAGGAUCACAAGUUCAUCGAGGCAGGCCAGUACAACCACCACCUGUACGGAACCAGCGUCCAGUCUGUACGGGAUGUCGCUGAGAAAGGGAAGCAUUGCAUCCUGGAUGUUUCAGGCAACGCCAUCAAACGACUACAGUCGACCAUGCUCUACCCCAUUGCUAUUUUCGUCAAGCCCAAGUCUGUGGAGAAUAUCCUAGAGAUAAAUAAGAGGCUAACAGAGGACCAGGGGAGGAAGAUGUUUGACAGAGCCAUAAAACUGGAUCAGGAGUUCACUGAGCACUUCACUGCUAUAGUCCAGGGGGACUCUCUGGAGGAGAUCUACAACGCGGUGAAAAUCAUCAUCGAGGAGCAGUCAGGACCCUUCAUCUGGGUGCCUGCCAAGGAGAAGUUGUGAAAGGAGGACAGAAGAGAUUACCCUUAUUUUCUUUAAGUGGUCUUCAUGUCUUCUCUGAUUUUACGUCUUUUUAUUUUUACCAACCUGGCCUGCUGUGAUCGCUGGCCCUCUUGCCCGGAGCUUAGCACCCCCCUCCUACACAUACAUGCGUAUAUAUAUAUAUAUAUAUAUACACACACACACACACACGUCUCCAUCUUUCUCUCACACACACACACCUGCUCCCCUCUGUCACACUGGCUAGAGAGCUGAUCACGCGUUGGAGUUGAAGAUCUAUCUUUCUCUCUCUCACACACACACAAAAAUUAUUUAAUGCUGUCUCUUCCUCUCACACACAAACAUACACUCUCUGGAGUUUUAUUGGGCUGUCUCUAACAUGGGUUUGGACCUUGUCUCUGGAUGUUUUUCUUGCUUAUGGGGAGAUUUUUUUUAUGUUGGUACAAUUCCUUAAUGUUUAAGGAACAUGAUUUAGAUGCAAUAUUAAUUAUAUAUAUUUUUUCCCCCUUUUGUCAUGUAUAGGUUCAUCAAAGGAAAUGACAUGAGGCAAAACUUAGCAUGUUAUAGCUUUAAAGAGCAUGUCUCGGACAAUUUUGAUUAUUUUCUUGUCACGUUUUUGUUCUUUGUUUCUCAUUUAGACUUGUAUCUGAACUGCAUUACUCAUAGCCAUUAUUUUCACAUGUUAUAUAUCCAUACACACCAACUGCGUCUCUGCUCAUCUGAAGCAGCCAUACAUACCUGUUUUAGUCUUUUCGAACUGCAGAGGUAACUAGGUGAGUAGUUUUCUAUCAUUAGCCACCUUCGUUCACUACGAUCAAUGAUGGUUUUAAUCUAUUCAUGUCACUAAGCUUUUGGGGGGUCUACUUCCCGACCAGAAAUGGAGUGAAUGAAUGAAUGGCUGUUUUUGAACUGACUCCAGGUGUCCAUGUAUUAAUUUUAGAAGCAAAACACUGAUGCAAAAUAAUGAAUUGUACACUGAGAUUUUAACUGAUAUUUAACCUUCAGUCUACUGCCUAUUUUGUUAUAAUAAAAUGUCUAUAUUGAGCUUUACUUAAACUCUUACAGAUAUGGGGAUUUAUUUUAUUUGUUGUCGAAGGUACAGUUUAUGAAUAUUAAUAUAUACAGUACCAGUCAAAAGUUUGGACACCUACUCAAUCCAUGUUUUUUCUUUAUUUUUACUAUUUUCUAUAUUGUAGAAUCAUAGUGAAGGCAUCAAAACAAUGAAGUAACACAUGGAAUCAUGCAGUAACCUAAAGUGUUAAACAAAUCAAAAUAUAUUUGAGAUUCUUCAAAGUAGCCACCCUUUGCCGUGAUGACAGCUUUGCACACUCUUGACAUUCUCUCAACCAGAUUCAUGCGGUAGUUACCUGGAAUGCAUUUCAAUUAACAGGUGUGCCUUAAGUUAAUUUGUUGAAUUUCUUUCCUCAAUGCGUUUGAGUCAAUCAGUUGUGUUGUGACAAGGUAGGGGUGGUAUACAGAAGAUAGCCUUAUUUGGUAAAAGACUGAGUCCAUAUUAUGGCAAGAACAACCGAAAGAAGCAAAGAGAAACGACAGUCCAUUACUUUGAGGCAUGAAGGUCAGUCAAUCUGGAAAAUUUCAAGAACUUUUCUUCAAGCGCAGUCACAACCAUCACGCGCUAUGCUGAAAUUGGCUCUCAUGAGGACCGCCACAGGAAUGGAAUACCCAGAGUUACCUCUGCUACAGAGGAUACAUUCAUUAGAGUUACCAGCCUCAGAUUACAGCCCAAAGAUUACAGCCCAAAUAAAUGCUUCAGAGUAACCGACACAUCUCAACAUCAACUGUUCAGAUGAGAUUGUGUGAAUCAGGCCUUCAUGUUCAAAUUGCUGCAAAGAAACCACUACUAAAGGACACCAAUAAUAAGAAGAGACUUGCUUGGGCCAAGAAACACAAGCAAUGGACAUUAGACCGGUGGAAAUCUAUUCUUUGGUCUGAUAAAUCCAAAUUUGAGAUUUUUUGUUCCAACCGCUGUGUCUGUGAGGCGCAGAGUAGGUGAACAGAUGAUCUCUGCAUGUGUGGUUCCCACCGUGAAGCAUGGAGGAGGUGUGGGGGUGCUUUGCUGGUGACACUGUCAGUGAUUUAUUUAGAAUUCAAGGCACACUAACCAGCAUGGCUACCACAGCAUUCUGCAACAAUAGGCCACCCCAUCUGGAUUGAGUUUAGUGGGACUAUAAUUUGUUUUUCAAAAGGACAACGACCCAACACACCUCCAGGCUGUGCAAGGGCUAUUUGACCAAGAAGUAGAGUGAUAGAGUGCUGCGUCAGAUGACCUGGCCUCCACAAUCACCCAACCUCAACUCAAUUGAGAUGGUUUGGGGAUGAGUUGGACCGCAGAGUGAAGGAAAAGCAGCCAACAAGUGCUCAGCAUAUGUGGGAACUCCUUCAAGACUGUUGGAAAAGCUUUGAAGGUGAAGCUGGUUGAGAGAAUGCUAAGCAUGUGCAAAGCUGUCAUCAAGGCAAAGAGUGGCUACUUUGAGGAAUCUCAAAUAUAAAAUAGGAAUAUGGGUUGAGUUUGGCGACAGGACACAUGUAAACCCUGACUCUGAACUCCAGUGACUGGCUGAAGAGUAAACUGUGUGUUGGUGAAGCACUGUACACUAACCAAUGUUGUGGCAGCUGGUUCUUUCCCCCUGUCCAUUCCACUUCCCUGUGAGUUCUCUUUGUUCAUGUGAUGUGCAUGGUUUUUAAAAGCAAUAGUCUUUAUUAAAUAAAAAAACAAGGAAAAGAAAGACAAAAAAAAGGAGCCUGUUCACCAAGGAUUGUGACAAAGUCAUAUCUUCAAGCUCUGUCCGUUUGAAUGGAAAAGAGCUGACAACGCUCUCCAAAGCGCAAUGCCUUUACAUGUCCUCCGGAGGGCGCCGUGCUGGAAUCCUCCCUCCCGCUCCUGCUUCCACAAAGAUGAUUGUUUUCUAUACAACUUCUUCUUCUUCUUCAUCAGUUCACCACAGCUUUCUAUCUCACUUUUGGAUUGGAGUCUGUAAAUAAUCCCCUUCCUGAUUCAUUCCAUUUGUUAUGAAGAGAACUGCCAAUAAACCCUUUCUCCUACA